UUACUAUUUUACAGUUUUUGAUUAAUUAAUAAAUUACUAUAUAUUCUGCCUUCUAAUAUUGUUGAAAGAUCUGUACUUAUUCUACAUUUAAAAUGUCGAAGUACGUAUUUGCAUUUGCACUGCUGCUGUGCUCUCCACUUUUGGUAUACGCACAAUUUCCCCGGGCCUGCGCAACGCUGGAAGCUAUUCUAUCCCACGAGUGCUGCCCAGAACUGGCAGGAACAGGAUCGUCUUGUGGAGAACUGGAAGGACGGGGAAGCUGCCAAGAUAUCACGAUCGAUGAUUUGCCACACGGUCAGCAAUACGUGCUUGUCGGUAUUGACGAUAGAGAACGUUGGCCUGAACGCUUCUUUAACAGAUCGUGCGUUUGCAAUGGAAACUUCGGAGGAUUCGACUGCUCUGGGUGCAAGCCAGGCUGGGAGGGCGACGACUGUCUUACUCGUAGAGCGCCAGCCGUUAGGCAGAACAUUAUGAACAUGACUGCCGAAGAACGUAAUGUGUUUCUGGAUAUUCUGGAUCUUUCUAAGACAACACCUCAUCCGGAUUACGUUGUAGCUCAAGACCAUUACAGAAAUCUUCUCGGGGAAAACGGAACUGAACCAAACUUCACCAACAUCUCAAUCUACGAUUUGUUCGUGUGGGUGCAUUACUACUCUGUGCGUGACACUCUCCUCGGACCUGGCCAAGCUUACACAGCUAUUGACUUCUCCCACGAAGGCCCAGCGUUUCUUACAUGGCACAGAAUGCAUUUGUUGGGUCUUGAAAACGAUUUGCAAGAUCUCUCCGGUGACCCAACAUUUGCCCUGCCAUACUGGGAUUUCGCAAUCGGAGGGACAGAAUGUGAUGUUUGCACUGACGAACUUCUCGGAGGGCAAGAAACAACGGAUCCGACGCUUCUGGGAUCAAACUCUCGCUUCGCUGACUGGGAAGUUGUUUGCCUGAGCUUAGACUGGUUCAACGACAACGUAAAACUGUGCAACGGAACUAACGAAGGGCCGAUCCGACGCAAUCCUGGUGGUAACAUUGAUCGUCCAGCAGUUCAAAGUCUUCCAGUCCCAGAGGAUGUGGCAGAGUGCCUAAAAGUUGCCGAAUAUGACACAUUUCCUUACUUUUCCGAUUCCGACAAAAGUUUCAGAAACGCUCUUGAAGGUUACUCGGAUGUUGAUGGCGAAUUUGAAGUGGGAGUACGAACACUGCACAACCUUGCGCAUCUGUUUCUCAACGGUACAGGAGGAAUGACUCAUGCCUCCGCAAAUGAUCCGAUCUUCGUCCUCCUCCACACAUUUACUGACGCAAUCUUCGAGGAGUGGAUGUUAAGGUCCAACGCUACAGUGACAGACUACCCGACGCAAGAUGCUCCAAUAGGGCACAACUUGGACUUCAACAUGGUGCCGUUCUUCCCACCAGUUACCAACCGCGACAUGUUCGUUCCUUCCGACCAGUUGGGCUACAGUUACGCGGUGCAGUUCCCCGAAACGGCCGCUAGCGAAACUGCCCCAUCUUUCGUGUGGGCAAUUGUGGGCGUCUCGUGUUUCGUAAUCUUGGCCGCAUUCUUUAUUAUGGUUGUGAAUGUGGUAAAGAAGCAUAGACAACGUGUUCGGGAUGAAAAUCUCUACCAAAGUUUAAUCACAGAGGACUCCAACAAAGGGAUCCAUUACACUGCGUAACGUCAUGACCGGUUACGUUACAUUUCGAAAUGACGUCAGUUUAGUUACGUCACAAAUUUAAAAUAAGAACGACUCCGGAAAGCUUCCUGCAAUGUGUUUGAGUACAAUAGAACGUGCUGUCUUAUAUAGUGUGACAAUUUGUGUGUUGUGAUAUAUAAUAAAACUCAAUUUGCAAUA